CAGACACACUCUGGAAUUUGAGUCUGGUGAAGAGAGAGAGAGAGAGAGAGAGAGAGAGAGAAUCCCAAUACAAGUCUGGAGAUGUUUGUCUGAAACUCUGUAUUUAUUUUAGCUGAACCAUAUAGGAGGCAAAAGAAGAGAACAAAAGAGUCAGAGAAAGAGAGAGAGAGAGAGAGAGAGAGAGAGUUCUCAGUCAUGAAGCCCUGCACAUGGAUCGGCUCUCUCACGUUCCUUCUCUACGUUUUUCCUGCACAUGCUGCUAACAGGCAAAGCAGACAAGUAUCUGUGGGAAACGCAGGAGUGUGUCGCUAUGGCAACCGCCUGGAGUGCUGCUAUGGCUGGAAGAAAAAUACAAAAGGCCAGUGUGAAGCUCAGUGUGAAUUCGGAUGUAAACACGGACAGUGUGUCGGGCCGAAUAAGUGCUCGUGCUUUCCGGGAUACACCGGCAAAACAUGCAGCCAAGAUUUAAAUGAAUGUGGGUUGAAGCCUCGUCCUUGUGAGCAUCGCUGCAUGAACACAUUCGGUAGCUACAUGUGCUAUUGCCUCAACGGCUACAUGCUAAUGCCUGAUGGCUCCUGUGCCAACUCCAGGACGUGUUCUCUGGCACACUGUCAGUACGGCUGUGAGGAGGUUCAGGGGGAAAUCCGCUGUCUAUGUCCCUCAACUGGCUUACAGCUCAGUUCAGAUGGAAAAACAUGUGUGGAUGUUGAUGAGUGUGUAAGUGGAAAGCACCAGUGUCCAUACAGCCGGGAGUGUGUAAACACCUUCGGGAGUUACUACUGCAAGUGCAGAGCGGGUUACGAUCUAAAAUACAUCAACGGGAAAUACGACUGCAUCGAUAUGGACGAGUGUCUGGUCAACACUCAUAAAUGCAGCCGUCACGCAGACUGUAUAAACACUGAGGGGUCAUACAAGUGCAAAUGCAGACACGGCUUCCGCGGCACUGGGUUCGACUGUUCAGUAAAGCCGUUUUAUCACAGCAACUCCUGGGACUCUGAUAAAGGCAGCGCAGACGAACUUCAUAAUGCAAUCCCAGAAUUCCCUUCAAAGACACGCUUUCUUGGAGGGAAACUGGAGAACGCCAUCCCAGAGCCCAGAGUGACUACAUCCCCCAAACUGCACCUACAGCCGUUCGAUUAUGACGGAGAGGUUUACAUUGGGCCAGGAGAGGAAGUGACAUCACUGAUACCAACAAGAGAGGAGGAGGAGGAGGAGGAAGAGGAGGAGGAAGAGGAGGAGGGAAAUGGGGUGGACGCUGAGAGUCUGAAACCCCGAGGAGAUGCCUUCUUUUCUGAGUUCGUCUACAGCCGAGGAACAGAAUUUAAAGAAAUUAAGGCGGCUCCUCUACAGGAAAGAUUCCUCACUGACUGUAACUUUGACUCUGGGGAAUGUGAAUGGGUCCAGGAGAAGGACGAUGACCUGGACUGGACUGUCCAUUACCACGAAAACGGACUGCAGUACUACAUGGCGCUGAAGGGGAUUGUGGGUAAAUGGAGGGAGCAGGCCAGGCUGAAGCUGCUCCUCAGUGAUGCUGUUCGUCAGCAGGCUUUCUGUGUGAGAUUCAACUACAGGAUGGAGGGACUGCAGACCGGAACGCUGCGUGUGAUGACGGACAGCAGGAACGUCCUGUGGGAGAACAGACACAUCCAGGACCACGGCUGGAACACGGAGAACGUGGACGUGACCUGGAGCGACAGAGCUCCUGAAUCGCUUGUGUUUGAGGGGACUCUGGGGAAGCUGGAGCGAGGAGAAAUCAGCCUGGAUAACGUGGUGCUGAUGUCAGGAAGCUGUCGUGAUGCUGAGGAGAAGCUGCUGUAGAGAAAUGUCUCAGUAACUUUAAAAUAAUCUCGAACGUCAUACUGAAAAAAAAAUGUUGAUGGAAGAAAAUCCAUCUAAUCCAUUAGAUAAAAUUCCCCUACUUUUUUUUAUUACAUGUGAAAGGUGAAUGUGAUGGAAAAUGUUUCCUGACUCAGUAACAAGGCUGUGAGAUCUUCAGCACAUUCUCCAGGAGGAAAAAACUCAACUAUAAAUAAAAGUGUGUUUCUUUUUCUCAAUAAAUAAAUAAAAAGAAAUGA